AUACUAGCAUUCUACCACACUUCACCUCUUACAUUUGUUCAUUCUGGAUUUACUAUUUAUUAAUGAAAUCGCAUUACACUCUUAAACUGUGAGUGAGGGAAGAAAAAUUGCUACCGGAGGUUUUUAAGUGAGCCAGGAAAAACGCAAAUAAUAUAUAAUUUGCUUCGCGGAUUUAGAAACGUCGCUGUGUACCUAUAACCGGCGUUUCUUUAUUUUAAUUGUUUACAUUAGCUGUUUCGCGUAACAAAUGUCUUUCAACGAAGUUAAGCUAUCGCGGCUUUUGGUCCUAGCCACGAAGUUUAACAACUUUUAUUUGACAGGUUUCAACAAAGGCGAUACUCGUCCUUUUGUGGUUGAGGGUCAACAAGUUGGUCUGAUUAAAUCUGAUGUUCUUAAACAACUUGUAAAAUAUCCUGAAGUAUUUUGCAUAAGAGAUUGCGAACAAACUAAACAGGGUUUAGUCGAACUCAAUCCAGCUUUUCGGGAUUAUAACGAACGCAGUGAACAACUUGAAAAGGUGUUACGUGACCUUCGCUCAAAUGGAUUAUUUCCAGCUUUACAGGGUUGGCGUGACGAGUAUUUUGAAGUAAAAUCCGACCACAAGGCACUCUUGAAAAUGGAACGUGCAGCUACGCCACUAUUUGGAGUGCGCAAGUACGGUGUCGACAUAAAUGGCUAUGUUAGGCAUCCAACCCAGGGACUGUGCAUUUGGCUUCAGCAAAGGUCCAAUACAAAGGAAACAUGGCCUGGCAAGUGGGAUAAUAUGGUAGGUGGAGGGCUUUCAGUGGGGUUUGGCAUUAAAGAGACUGCAAUCAAGGAAGCUGCUGAGGAAGCAUCCAUUCCAAAAGAUUUAGUAAAAAACUUAGUAUCGGCUGGAUGUGUCUCGUUUUAUUUUGAAAGUCGUCAAGGUCUUUUUCCAAAUACUGAAUAUGUAUUUGACUUGGAGCUGCCAUUAGAUUUUGUUCCUCAUAAUGCAGACGGAGAGGUUCAAGCAUUUGAAUUGCUUCCAGCCAGGGAGUGUGUGGAACGCCUCUUUACGCCAGAUUUUAAAACUACCUCAGCGCCGGUAGUAAUUGACUUCCUUAUACGUCAUGGCCAUAUAACGGCAGACGAUGUUUUAGACUUCACGCAAAUCGUGGAGCUUUUACAUGUGCCCCUACAAUCUCUAUACACAUAUAAGUCGCGCAUUGAACACGUCCAGAAACAAAAUCAAAAGAUAUUAUGUAGUGAAGACAAAAACUGCAACUGUGCAAAGACGGUAGAGAAUGGGCAUAAAAUCACACCACAAUAAAAUGUGUGUAGUUUCGAAAAUGAAAUGAAAUGCAAUAAUAUUAAUAGUAUAAUAAAAGUAGUAUUAAUAAAAAUAAUAAUAAAAAAUUUUUCAUCUAUAAACUACUCUACAUAAGGCGAAUUCAAUUUUUUCAUGUCGAUUAUCUGUAAUAAUUAAACUUUUUCGUUAAAAAAAAAUAUAUGAUUUAUUUAAAAUGUAUUACUUAUAUUAAAUAUUUAAGGAUAAUUGUUGCAUUAUUGUUAUUUCCAUUUGACGUUACAUUUUUUAGAGUUUUGUAAAUAUAAGUCUUAACAUAUACAUACAUAUAUAAAAAUAAA